UUCGUUGUGCUUAGAAUACCGCCCAACCAAACUAUGUACAGAGCGCUGUGGUUGGUUACAUUUCCACGGUCCCUCCAGUUUGCCUGCUGCCGUUUGCUAAACCCUAAUGUCAAUCCUUGAUCUUCAUAAAACGAUUUCUCUCGCUUCAUGUAGUAAAACAACGUCGAAUUGACAUAAUAUAAACAUUACAUUAAUAUAUUCAAUAUACUUUGUUGUGAUGUAGACAUUUGUCAUGAGGUGGUAAGUCUAACAAGAAGAUUUUAUUUUGUUCAUUUAUUCAUCGGUUUCGUUGUGAAUCGGACAUAUUUACAUUUACGAUUGUGAUUGGCUUCGGUAGAUAUCCAUCAUCGUGAACAUUCUAACCCAUCCCCCAGACCACCUAGCGCUGAGAUACGAGAUACUUUUGGGACCGAGUCAUUUCCUGGCAGGAACAGCCCCUCCUCCUACCGGCUUUUUUUUUUGGAUGGCAUGAUUAGUAUCGCUCGCCAAACCGACCGCCAAUUCAAACGGAAGGAAUUUGCCGGUAAUAGCCAAGAAAGGACUUUUGACUUCUUCAGCGCCAGUAGAAGCGGUGUAUUUUGUCAAUGCCAAACGGAGGAGGCGCACCGGGGUUCCGAUCCUGGUGGCGGGGGUCCUGGGGGCACAUUCUCUUCGUCCUUCCCAUCCUCACUUUCCUCGACAAACCUUCCAUUGUCAGGGGAGAAUAGAAGUCCCUGUGAUGACUCAUGUGAGCCAUCAUACCCAUGUGAACUUUGUGGUGGACCCGAGCAGGACCACAGACUUAAGGUGCUGUUCCAAGUCUUGGACGUGAAUGGUGAUGGAGGCAUUUGCGUCAACGACCUGUCCAUUGGUCUCAAGAAACUGGGGGUUCAUCGUACUGAACUCGAGCUUAUGAAAAUUGUGAAAGCGGGAGACAAGGAUCUGGAUGGCCAGCUGGACUUUGAAGAGUUUGUCCACUACUUGAGAGACCACGAAAAGAAGCUCCGGUUGGUCUUCAAGAGCCUGGACAAGAAAAAUGACGGACGCAUUGACUCACAGGAAAUAAUGCAGUCGCUACGAGACCUGGGCGUUAACAUCUCGGAACAGCAGGCUGAGAAGAUCCUCAAAAGCAUGGACAAGAACGGCACCAUGACCAUUGACUGGAAUGAGUGGAGAGACUACCACCUGCUCCACCCGGCUGAUAACAUCCCAGAGAUCAUCCUCUACUGGAAACACUCAACGAUCUUCGAUGUCGGCGAGAGCAUGAUGGUGCCGGACGAGUUCACCGCCGAGGAGAAGAAGACUGGGAUGUGGUGGCGACACCUGGUGGCCGGAGGGGUGGCCGGCGCCGUGUCUCGGACCUGCACGGCACCCCUGGACCGACUCAAAGUGCUCAUGCAGGUGCACGCCUCCCGUACCAACAGCAUGUGUAUUGCCGGCGGCUUCACCCAAAUGAUCCGCGAGGGCGGCGUGCGGUCGCUGUGGCGCGGCAAUGGCAUGAAUGUGAUCAAGAUUGCCCCGGAGUCGGCAAUCAAGUUCAUGGCUUACGAGCAGAUCAAACGGUUGAUCGGAAGCAACCAGGAGACUCUCGGCAUCCUGGAGAGGUUUGUGGCAGGGUCCCUGGCUGGAGCCAUCGCCCAGAGCAGCAUUUACCCCAUGGAGGUGCUGAAGACCCGUCUGGCCUUGAGGAAGACUGGACAGUUCUCCGGCAUCGCUGACUGUGCCAAACAUAUCUUCAGGAAGGAGGGCAUGGCUGCCUUCUACAAGGGCUACGUUCCCAACCUGAUAGGCAUCAUCCCGUACGCAGGCAUCGAUCUGGCUGUCUACGAGACUCUGAAGAACUGGUGGCUUCAGCGCUACGCCACAGACAGCGCCGACCCGGGGGUGUUUGUCCUGUUGGCCUGCGGUACCACCUCCAGCACCUGUGGCCAACUGGCCAGCUACCCUCUGGCUCUGGUCAGGACCCGCAUGCAGGCACAAGCUUCCAUAGAGGGUGGUCCCCAGAUGACCAUGUCAGGCCUGUUCAGGCACAUCGUGAAGACCGAGGGUGCCUCCGGACUCUACCGGGGCCUGGCCCCCAACUUCAUGAAGGUCAUCCCAGCCGUCAGCAUCAGUUACGUGGUCUACGAGAACCUCAAGUUGAGCCUAGGUGUGGUGUCGCGGUGAGGAGGGAGGCCCUCCCUUGGAAGGCCAAAGGGUGUUUUUAUUUUUUAUUUUAUUUUUGAAGAGAAGAGGCUGGUGACUGAAUGGGUUGCCCGGGAGUCUAGACGAAUCUCGGCACAGCCAAGAGCUGGGGCUGUUGGAGACGCCAUCUCAUUCUGUGAAUGUUGCGACGAUCGGUGGAUGGAUGGAUGGAGGGAGGGAAGAGACAGUUCUGCAACACUAAGCAAUGGACACUGUGACUGGGAGGGAAGUGGAUUCACUCACAUAGUUGUGAUCUUAAGUUAUCAUUAUUUAAUGUGUUACUCAACAGAGGAACAUCUCUCGUGAGUGCACUGUUGGCUUUUCGUUAUAAAACAAGGAAGACCUGGGUUACCUGAAAAUGAAUCUUCUCUGGAACUCCGGUAUAACGUGCUUGAAGUUUGCUAACAAAAAAAUCCAUGUAGGGACCAAGAAUCCGCUUUUGCUUGUGACUUUUGCACUGUAGCAACUGCUGUUUUAUGUUAAUCUGGGGUGGGAGAAAACCAAUUGGGGAGGCAGUUCAUAAAAGGGAAUGUUUAACCCUUCACACCACAGUACAAUCCUUUCGGUAGAAGUAGCAGUCAACCUAUUUUGGUUGUGAAAGACAAGUAUGUCUGAAUUCGUAACAAAGGGCUUUUCUUAAUAUCUCUUGAAAUGGUCUUUAUAUAUUAUGUACUCCACCCCCUUAAAGAAGCACUCCCCAAUAUCUCGGAGCCAGCAACUUAGGGCACUAGCUGUAAUGUAGUUGAGGGGGGACAAAACCUCAACUCACAAUCUAGUUUGGUCUGGUUCAUUUAAUUUGACCCAUUCUGAAGUAAUUGCCUGUGUUUUAUCUUUUACUCCAUUACUGGUUGACUUGAUCAUUUGAAUUGAAAAUGCAGGUUGGAUACCCAUAGUGUCUUACUGUCCUUUUAGUUAUAAAACAGAUGGUAAACAGAA